UGUACUGACGUGUUAUUGCGGCUAGCUUGAUGCCUCUCCUGCUGUUAGCAUGCGGCUCUCUCACAAGGACUUUUCUGUGUUUCUCCGGCGUCACACACAAAAACACACAAAUUAACUUUUUGUUUUUUAUCUGAGCGGAGCGCCGACAGCCGGAGGAAACCUCCGCACUCGGCCCGGUUCGGGUUUGCUCGGUACCGGCCGUGUUUUUAGCCUCCUGCUAGCCGCCUGCUAACACUAACCUGAGCCGCGUGACAGGAGGUGGAGCUCACCUGGAGACACUCUGCAGGUGUUGUUACCUGAGCCUGGAGACACUCAGCAGGUGUUGUUACCUGAACCUGGAGACGCUCUGCAGGUGUUGUUACCUGAACCUGGAGACGCUCAGCAGGUGUUGUUACCUGAACCUGGAGACACUCUGCAGGUGUUGUUACCUGAACCUGGAGACGCUCUGCAGGUGUUGUUACCUGAGCCGCAUGCAGAGCAGAGACACACCGCGGCAGGAUGAGGAGUUUAACCUCUAAAUCUGUGCAUUUUAUCAGCAGAGCCUUUCUUCAUCCUGCUGCAACAUCAUCAUCAUCAUCAGUGAGAUGGAGAGCAGGGCGGUGCCGCUUCUGCUCCAGCUCUCCGCCAGAGGACGAGAGGAAACCCCGAGCCUCCAUGCUGCGGCACCUGACCUCCAAAAUAAAAGCCACAGGCCCCAUUCCGGUGGCAGAGUACAUGAGGGAAUCGCUCACAAACCCUGUCACGGGUUACUACGUGAGGGGCGACGUGCUCGGGCCGCAGGGCGACUUCAUCACGUCUCCGGAAAUCAGCCAGAUCUUCGGCGAGCUGGUCGGCGUCUGGUGCAUCAGUGAGUGGAUGGGAGCAGGACGUCCCGCUCAGCUGCAGCUGGUCGAGCUCGGCCCGGGACGAGGAUCUCUGGCCGCUGACGUCCUCAGGGUGUUUGGUCAGCUGCGCUCGGUGCUGGCUGAGGCGUCGGUGUCGGUUCACCUGGUGGAGGUGAGCCCCGCCCUGAGCCGGGUUCAGGCCCGCCGGCUGACCGGAGAGCAGAGCCGCGAGGCCGACGGCGAGGACGAGCCGGUGUACCGCCGCGGCCGCACGACCACCGGCGGCCUGCCGGUGUCCUGGUACCGCCGCCUCGACGACGUCCCCGCAGGGUUCAGCGUCUACGUGGCUCACGAGUUCUUCGACGCCCUGCCGAUCCACAAGUUCCAGAGGACGGAGAAGGGCUGGCGGGAGGUGAUGGUGGACAUCGAGCCGGACGAGCCGGAGCGGCUGAGGUUCGUGGUGGCGCCGACUCCCACGCUGGCGUCCUCGACUCUCGUCCAGGCGGAUGAAAAGCGCAAUCACGUGGAGGUGUGUCCAGAGGGCGGGGUCAUCAUCCAGCAGCUGGCCAAUCGGAUCUCGGAGAGCGGCGGCGCGGCGCUGAUCGCCGACUACGGCCACGACGGAACCAAGACGGACACGUUCAGGGGGUUCAAAGGUCACCAGCUCCACGACGUCCUGGCCUCGCCCGGCUUGGCCGACCUCACCGCUGACGUGGACUUCAGCUAUCUGAGGAGGAUGGCUGGAGAGGGCGUGGCCUGCCUCGGUCCCGUCACUCAGAGGACCUUCUUGAAGAACAUGGGCAUCGACACUCGAUUACAGGUUCUGCUGAGGAGCUGCAGCGACCCGGCCACCAGGAAGCAGCUGAUCCAGAGCUACGACAUGCUGACCAGCCCCAGCAAGAUGGGCGAGCGCUUCCACUUCUUCAGCCUGCUCAGCCCCAGCCGGCUGGCCGAGCCCAAGAGAACAGAGGGGCUGAAGAUGGAGAAGAAGAGCCCGGCGCAGCUUCCUGUGGCGGGAUUCACCGAGCUCAGCUUCUCCUGACCGGAUCAGAGACGUUUCGAAAGCCGGACGGACUCUGAACCCUUCGGAACCGAUUCCCAUGCUGACCGGGAGAAGGAGUCCGAUUGGUCCAAAAGAACCUUGGCCACUGAACACAGCCAGUAUGGGAUAUAAUGAACUACAUUUCAUGUUGUUUCUGGCCUGCUGCUAUUUAAUUUACUGUGAUAUUGUCAUACUGUGAUUGUUGUUAUGCAAAAUAAUGUACAGCAACAGAGUGGUAUGGCUUAGUUAUUUUGGAAAUCCUGGAAAAUCCAAAAGCUCAUAAAAUGUCUUGGAAAUGAUCAUGAGAUCCAGGAAAAUUAUAAAGAUUGGCAGAGAUGACAUUUUCAGAUGUUUUGCUGAGCUCACACUGUUGCACAUUUUUAGCCACUGACGCCCCGUUUCAGCACCAGCUGAUAUCCAGAUGUCGUCAUUUACCUUGUUUUUUUCCAUGAAAAACGCCAAAAACUCACAAAGCGAUGCCUUGAUCAGCAUGGUGUUUGUGAGAAAUUGACAUAUUUAUGUGGUACUAGCCAGUUGUUAGCAUGUUCCCCAUGUACAAUGCAAAAACGUGUUGACAGCAUCUUAUUUGAUUCAUCAGUUUGACAGUUUUGAGCUAUCUGGCAACUUUGUCCAUUCUGAGUCAUUCUGUGUUGACCUGUGAGCAACAGCUGACGUAUGUAAGUUUCAAAUUAUGUCCUUUAAAAAUUGAAAAUGGUUCCUUAAAAGAGAGGGAACCCUGUUUUACUCAGAUAUUUAUGAAUGUGUGCUGAAAUGAACGCUGACAAAAAGUCAUGAUAUUAAAGCUGCAGAGUCCCACAGCGGUGAAGCGACCACAGGUAAAUUCUUUAAGCAGAAACCCCAGAAACCCUGUAAAGUGAUGGCAGUAAAUGUCGCACAGUACAAUCGUGUUUACCAACGCCAACAUGUCUGCCGGUGUUUCAUACCAAAGAAAACAAAGAGACAAGAGAGGAAGGAAACCUGACAGGAGUCCAGAUUUCUACAGACCAGUAGUUCUCAGUGUGGCCCUGAGAAACGUUUCUGGUGGCCCUCAGUGACUUUACCCCUUAAACUCUGUCAGGAUCGCCGGUGACCUCAGCUGACAUGCUGUCUCUCAGAGGCUGUGGGCGGCUCAGGUUUAAAACUGGAGGGAAGAGACUGGUUUUAUAUGAAACUAGACGACCAGAGGAAACCCUUCUCAAGUUGGCAUCUGAUGUCAUGUUAGGUAAGAUGGCUAAACAUCGCUCCAAAGUUAUUUUGUCAAGGGAAAAACUGACAUUUCCUGUGGGGUCCCUUGACCUCUGACCUCCAGAUCUGUGAAUGAAAAUGGGUUCUCUGGGCAGCCACGGCUCUCCCCUUUGCAGACAUGCCCACCUUCUGCUAAUCCCAUGCAGUUUGGGCCACAAACCCUGCAGGUUUUUACAACCUACAUCAUAAAGUCUUCAGCUUUUAACACUGUCAUGGUAAAGCUGUCGAGUUGGGACUGGUUGCAUGGCAACUAGGCAGUUGCAUGCAAUGCUCAAGGAGUUUAAAAUGGCAUUAUGAUAGCAAUUAUAAAAUGUACAAGUUCAUGGGCAAGGACCCCACAGCUAAGCUUGAACAAUUUCAAGAGCCCAGCAGUCUGUUCCCACAGAUCUGUUUCAGCCUCAUCGACUACAAAUUGUGUUUAUUUUUCAUUACUGACUGUUUCUUAAGCAUAAACUGUAGACAUGCAUCUUUGUCAUUAGCACAUCUACAAAUGGACGUUUUUCACAACUCACAGGUGACAUGACUUUUAGUCUAGAAUAUACUAUUAAAGAAAGCUUUGUUUUGGAUUUA